AUGUUCAUUUAUGUUCUUCCUUCGCAGGUUUUCAUUUUUGUCGUCAGCGUGACUAGCAACACUUCGGUGUACGUAAGUGAAUACAGUGACCGAACAGCAAAUCGAACCGCUCUGAUUGCCGUAAACAAAAAUGCCACGAAAGUGCAGUACAUUUUUGAACACGGUGCUUCCACCGCGAUGAAAAUCACAAAUGAAUCAGUGUGCGAGCUUAUCAGCGUUUCGACCGCUAAUCCACUGUUGCUUCCUAAAAGCCUAGCAGAUAACUCUGCGACCUUUCUUAGUCUGUGGACCAAAAUGAAAAGUUUCAAAGGCUGGACAUUUGCCGAAUCUGAUGGCCGUAAUUACAUGCCAUCUUACCUUUGCAAGAAUUCCGUAUCAUCAGUGAAUAUCACUGUAUCGAUAUCUGCUAAAAACUUUUCUUUACCAUACAGUCCAAAGGACUCCAUUCCGUUGUCUAUAGAAAUGGUGAUCACUUCAGGGUCGCCUGAAUCUCAUUUGCUUUACCGCCUGUCCGAUUUCGUUCCGUCAGUCUCGAGAGCUGAAGAAGAAACCAUGACGCUGUUGCUCUAUGCGCCAGCGAGCCAUAUGAUAGAAUUUGUGUAUGAUGGCAAUGCCACGGAUAUCCAGUUCAGUCAGGGUCUGCAGCUCCAUCAGGAACGAUUCUAUGUCAUUCAUGAUUUCGUUACUGGUUUGCAAUUCUUGAUUCAGACAGGUAACAGGGCAUGCUACGAAAUCAGCAAAAUACCUUCAUCGGCCGGUGAUGCCACUUCUGACAAAUCAGUAUUGGAGAUGAAAAGUUCCCAGGAAAUUUUACUUCCCGCUAAGAAUUUGACCUUCGUUCUGGUCGGAACCAGGUGGAAAGGCGAUGUUGAUUAUUCGGUAUUGAUGGCGGAGAGCCACGAAAACAAUACGAUGUCAACUGUUUAUGAGCUGUGGUUCCGCGAACGCAUCACUCCUGAUAAAAAAGACUUGCCAGAGUUCCUGUACAUAUAUCACAGAGUGAGUGAACGGCUGCACGUUGCCACCGAUAAACUGCGUCAGUUCGGGGAAGAGACGGUCGAAAAUCAGUUGAAGGAAAAAAUUUCAGUCGUCGCCAAAAUAAGGCCUUAUCGAAUUAGCAACAUUCAGAUUAUGACCAUGAAAAAGAACUCGUUUGUGUCGUUACAUCAGUUCUUGGGUGAAGUGUAUUACAUAACCAACGCGAGUAGUGGUUAUGGAAGCGGUUCAAUGGCUGCUUUGGGACUGACUAUGCUAAUAUUUGGUGGCGUAGUCGGCUUGGUUACGGGGUUUUACAUGUGGAAACGGGACCGUGGAAUCGCUUAUCAGAUAUAUGAAUAA